AUGCCCAGAUCAUCGCGUAGCAGUGCUGGCAGUUCUCCUGAGGCCACGAGAUCGCCUCGAGCCAUCCGGGCCCACCGUUCUGAUUUGUCUGGUUUGGAUUUGAACGAAGACGAUGGAGAUGAAGAAUACAAAAUAGAUGACAAUGUAGAUGUUAAGGACGAAUUGGCAGAAGAAGAUGACGACGUUGAAGAUGAGGACACGUCGAUCGUUCGUCAUAGAUCUCGUAAGAGAAAGGCUACUACGAACGAUGAAGAUGAUGAUGACGAAGAAGAUGAUGACGAAGAAGCAGAAGAGGAAGAGGAAGACGCAGACGAAGAUGCAGAGGAUGAACCUAAUGAAAAUGCAGAAGAAGAAGAUGGAGAAGACAUGAAGGUGAAGCAAGAAGUUAAACGCCAGCCAUUGAAGGAAGAACCUAGAAAGCCUAAGAAAAGAGGAAGAAAGAAGCUCAACAUUACCAUCUUGGAAGAUGGAGUCUACGAUGAAGAUGGAAACCCGCUCAACGUCAAGAACGAUGAGGUUGUUAUUGACCACGAGGAUCCAAAGGGACACACCAAGAUAGACGAGAACGGGGUAUUGCAGGGAGGAAGGCAGUUCAGAAUGAAGACAUUUAAGUUGUUAGGUCACGGUGACCAAUUAUUCAUGGUUUCGACAGAACCAGCUAGACUUGUAGGAUUCAGAGAUUCAUACUUGUUGUUCAAGACUCAUAGAUCGUUGUUCAAGAAAGUCUGUACCAAUGAAGAAAAGAUGGACUUAAUCGAUCGUGCCAUUAUCCCUAAUUCGUAUAAGGGUAGAUCUGUCAACUUGGUAGCAGCUCGUUCGAUUUUUAGAGAAUUUGGUGCCAAAAUGAUUAUCGAUGGUAAGAAGGUCAUCGACGAUUUCUGGGAGCAAAGGGCAAUCGAACGUGGAGAUAUUGCAGGAGAAUAUGCUGACCCCUUACAAUAUUUCGGACCAGUUGGAAAGGUAGGUAGUGUGUUAGGCGAUUCCAAUACCAACGGAGGUUCUACACCAAUCACAUCCACGCCAUUAGUGAAUUACCAAACAGAUCCAACCUGGAUGUAUCAAAUAGCCGUUAAAACUAGAGAACAUAACAACAAGUUGCAAGAGCAAAGGAAUCAGUCUUUCAACCGCGGGGCCAAAGAUAUUUUCACCAAUUCUACAUUCUAUCCUGAGUCAACACAGCCAACGUCGGUAAAAUAUGGUGUCUAUAAGGAAGAAAAGAAGCCUUCAAGUCUCACGUACGAUAUCAAGUUUGUGAAUCCGAACAUAAAGAAAAGAGCUACCGGCUUGAAGAACGUUCCUAAGGAUAUCUUCAAUGAUAUCGACGAUGAGGAAAUUAAGCGAGCCAUCAUUGCCCAACAAGAAUAUGAGAAAAGUAUUGUGUAG